AUGUCGGCCUCAGGUCUCAGGGCCAUCCGAUACUCCAAGGAGGUCUCGAACGUCACUCGGAUCGUCGCCAGUGAUCGGGACGAGGGUGCCGUCAGCUCCAUCGAAGAGAACUUGAACCUCUCGAACGUGGACGCAAACCUCGUCCAGGUAGUCCACAGGGAUGCUCUGGAAGUGAUGUUCGCUGCCGUCCUCGAGGGAAACUUCUUUCAGGCCAUCGACCUCGACCCCUUCGGAUCGCCAUCAGCGCUCCUUGGGGCAGCUGUGCAUGCCAUGGCGAAUGGAGGUAUGCUCUGUGUGACCUGUACGGACAUGAGAGUCUUGUGCGGCAUGCAGCCUGAAGCGGCCUACAUGCGGUACAGCGCGAUGCCCCUCCGCACCCCUUACAGCAAGGAGAUGGCCAUUCGUAUCCUCAUCAACACAAUUCAGACCCUCGCAACCUCGUUAGGGAAGGUGGCAGAGCCUGUCCUGUCAGUCUCAAUCGACUUCUACAUCCGCGUCUUCGUACGCCUGCGGCUCAACCGCCAUGCUGCUCAGCGCACCUGCACCAACACAGCCUUCGUCUAUCACUGCAGGGGAUGUGAGAGCUACAGUCUCCAGCCGAUGGCUGAGGUUUCCAGCUCAAAAGGCAUCUCCUGUGCCACCGGCCCGCCCGCCGCCGCGUUGCAGAGGGGAGCGAGUCGAUGCUGUGGGGUUGGCCCGUUCGUUGUCGGCGGCCCGGUGUGGACUGGGCCCAUCCAGAAUGCGACGGCCAUAGCAGAGAUUGCGGGCAUACUUGAGCGAGAUAUGCGUCACUUGGCGUCAUACAGCAGAUUGGACGGGCUCCUGACCCUCCUGAAGGCUGAGCUUGACGUGCCCUUCUUCAUGAUACUGUCGUCCAUGACCAAGGUGGUGCGAUGUAGCGCUCCCAAGAUAACUGGUCUGCGCGCACUGGUCAAGAUGGCAGGUUACAACGUCUCGUCGUCCCACAUAGAUCCCUUGGCGAUCAAGACCGAUGCUCCUCUGGCACUGCUGUGGGACUUGAUCCGAGCCUGGAUCAAGCAGAAACAAAUCGGCAUCCUCGUUGCCGACGAUGACGUUGCGGAGGUCAACGCAACGAACCGGACGAGCACAAGGAGCGUGAGGAGACCAUCUCCCCUGUACCCCAAGAACCCUGAGAAGAACUGGGGGCCCAAGAGAAGCGUCGGGUACCGAGGACCCGCCGGCAAGAGGCUACGAACGUCAGCUUCGGAGAUCAAGAAGGAGAUCCUGCCGUCAGGGAUGGGGCUGCCAGAGGAGUCGCUGGUUGCCAAGUCCUGGGAUGACGUGGCUGUGGAGAAGGAGAACGACCAAGACGUGGAGGUCGAGAGGGGCCUCGAACGAACCUCGUACAUGCUGCGACGCCUGAAAGAGGAGGAGGAACAAGAGUAA